AUGUCGGAGGAAUCUUCCGAUGAUUUCGGGUACCUAGGAGGUGAAGAGGAGCCUUCUCCUGGGGAAUAUCAGGGCGAGAGUGCGGACCUGCAGUCCUUCUGGUCUCUGGAAGACAAAGACAGAUUUUUAACCCACGAUGACGCCUCAAAGUGCCUUCACACCUUAGGAAAAUGCGACAGAGGUUAUGGUUACGCGUAUCUGGCCAUGGAGGCGACAAAUCGCAGGCUGACAGAUGUCAGUGUCAUCCCGAAUUUCAGGAACGUCAUUUAUGUCAACGUCUCCGGCAAUAAAUUGACCAUCGAAGCUUUGAGGGUCCUGACAUCCAUGACAUAUUUAUUGAUGCUGCAAGCAGAUAGAAACGAGUUGACAUCCACCAGCAUGGACCCCAUGUUGUAUCUGCAAGUAUUAUGCCUGAAUCGGAAUUUCAUAACAGACACCAGCGGAAUAAAUCACCGACUGCUCGAAUGCUUGGAGUUGAACUUCAACCGAAUCGCAACUGUUACAUUGAAUCCGUACAUCCUUGAGAAUUUAAAGGUCCUGGAACUUCGUGGAAAUAAGUUGUCCACAACUGAUGGGAUUUUUUUACCGAGUCUUGUCCACCUCUAUCUUGCCGAAAACGAGAUCCGCAAGGUGGAGGGCUUGGAAACUUUAAUCAACCUGAAGAUUCUACAUCUCCGAGGGAAUAGACUCGAAAAUCUUGACGGCUUCGAUGCGAGGUGUGCGAAAUUAAGUUAUCUCAAUCUGAGACAAAAUGGCGUCCUGAGGUUGGCAGAGUUCGGGAAAUUAAGCUCCUUGAAAGGGUUGGAAGAGCUUAUCGUGCAGGAAAAUCCUGUGAUGUCUGCAGACGAAGAAGUGCCCUCGCAAUUUAGAAUCGCUAUUUUGUGCAUGUUGCCGAAUUUGAAAAGAAUUGACAAAGAUGUCGUAGUGGAGGACGAACUGAAAGAGGCUGAAGAGAUGCGACAAAGAAUGAAGGAUGAAGGAGUCGGCUUUUCGGAGAUAGAUCUGUUUGAUGUUAAGGAUUCUUAA